AUGGAAGAAGGUAACACAGAUCUUCCUUGUCCAUCACCCUCACCCUCACCCUCUCCCUUCCGAUCUUCUUCACUCCUCAAAGACAUUUCAAACUUCAAAACCCCUUUCAAAACCCCCAAACGCUCCUCUUUCUCUCUCGACACCCAAUCUCCCUCAACUCAAUACUUCACCGCUCCCAAAUCCAAACACACCACAGUCAUGCGUCGCCCUAACAAAUCCUCAGCAGCAGCUUCCAGAAAACUCAAAGCAAUUCAAAUCGAACAGUCCCACUCUUCUCGAAACGCGCAGAGAAAAAAAGAACAAUCGCUCAAAUCCCUAGCCAAAUCCCUAACCGUUUGGCUCAAUUUCCUUCUCGAAUCCCCUGCUUCAUGCGGUUGCGAUCUUUCAAUUGCUGGUGUUCAGAUCUCCGAUGCUUCUCCGCCGACCAAGGGGAAACGUGAUAAUGUAUCGAGGAUUUCGGUUGGAGUUGAUUCGUCAUGGCGAACUCCCAAACGCCAGAGGAAGACUGCGGCAUGUUCCUUGUCGCGAGUUGGUAAGGAAAUUGUGUCUGAUGCGGAUUCGCAGAAUUCUUUGUUUUCACGAUUAAAGGAUUCUCUGAAGGAUGUAUGUAGUUUUGAUGAUUUCAAGCAGCGAAUGAGUGUUUAUUUGAGUCUCGGAACUUGUGAAGAUAUCUUCCAUGUCAUGAAUCAAGUUACCAAGACAAUUGAUGAAGGAAGGCUAAAUAUGAAGGCACAUUGCCCAAUAGUAACAGAUUUAGGGUUGAAGGAUAAGGCAGUAAAAGUCCUUAUGUGUUAUAAUCCGAGUUGGCUGCGAAUGGGACUGUAUAUAAUUUUUGGUGGGGAUUCUUUAGUGUCUAAUGGGGAUGGAGAGUCUGAUCAAGAUGCUAUAUUUCUAAAAAUGGUCAUUGACAAACUAUUUUUUACACACGAGGGUUUAGCAAAAGCUUAUGCUUAUAACAAGAUGGUUGAAGGAGUUUAUAGGUCUGGAUACUAUGAGAAUUUGGGGAAUGUGAUUUUGAAGAGAAUAUUGUUGCUUGUGCUUAUCUUAGAUAAAGCUAAAUGUCAAUGUUGCCUCCCUAUUGAGUAUGGUAUUGAUGGAUUGGAUGGUGGUUCACCUUUACUAUUCAAAGCAGAGUUUUGGAUUAAAUCAAGUAGUCAAGUGAUUCAGGAAUUUCUGUCCUCUGAUGUAAUGCGCGGAGAAGGCAAUCUUCUGACACAUUUGAUUAUUUUAGGUUACAAAGUGUCUCACCAACAGGGGCCUCUUGUUGAGUAUGACUUCCGGGUCAGAGAUUUAUUCAUAGAUCUUCAAGAUGGACUAAAACUAUGUAGAGCUAUUCAUCUCUUGCAAAACAAUUCUUCUAUACUCAAGAAAAUUGUAGUUCCUUCUGACACCCGUAAGAAAAAUUUGGUAAACUGUGGUGUUGCCCUACAAUAUCUUAGACUAGCUGGGGUCUCAUUACUUGAUGAAGACGACAUAAUGAUUGCAACAGAAGAUAUUAUUAAUGGAGAUAAAGAACUCACAAUUUCUUUGCUCUGGAAUAUAUUUGUUCGUUUGCAGCUGCCUUUGCUGGUCGACAAAACAAGUUUAGUUGGGGAAAUUUCUAAAAUCCGCGGACUUGGCACGGAUCUCGCAAGCGAUGCAAAUUCUAGUUCUUUGGAAUUGCUUUUGAAAUGGAUUCAGGCUGUUUGUGACAAUUAUAAGUGCACAGUUGACAAUUUCCAUUCCCUUGUUGAUGGCAAAGCAAUCUGGUGUUUACUUGAUUAUUACUUCCAGAAGGAACUUCACAAUGUCUGUUCAUUGAAGGAAGUUUAUGAAAAAGGUGGCAAGAUGUCAAUCAUGUCAGUUAAUGAAUAUUCAGAUGCACUGUACAAUUUCAUAUUAUCCCAGAAAUUGACCACGUUGCUGGGGAAUUUUCCUGAGGUACUACAGAUUAGUGAUCUACUUCAGCAUAAUGGCGCUUGCAGUGAUCGAAGUGUGGUGAUAUUGGUUGUUUUCCUGGCAAGCCAAUUAUUUGUCAAGAAAAAAAUGGAACACUUAAAUUUUCAUAAGCUAUUGGGUUAUGACUGCGAGAACAAAAAUCGUAGAAAUUUGAGGACUGUACUAUGCCAUUUCAGUUCUGAAUCAGCUCAAAAGCUUUAUGCUUCGGAUGCGCGUGAUGAUGAAGAUGCCGCAAGAAAAUUCAAGGCCAUCCAGACUUGGUGGCAAGAUAUGGCUGAUCAAAACAAUAUUAUGAAGCCAGUUGUCUCUAUUUUGAAGACAUCUAGGGCCACCGAAAGCAACAUUGUUGUUAGAAGAGAAGAUGCUGCAAGAAAAAUACAAGCACAUAUCAAAGGACUGGUUGUACGGCGCACGUUUCUCAAGAUGGUAGAUGCUGUUAUCCUUUUGCAGACUGUUUUCCGAGCUAGGAAGAAAGUAAGGCAGGAGCCGGUUUGCAUGAUAUUCACUGCUGGUCCAAUCUGUGAUAUCUCAUGUGAAACAUUGAAGCAAUCAGAAGUAUAUGAGAGGUGGUUAAUGAGAAAAGAAUUUUUAAAUCAGAUUCAUGCUGUCAUAAGAAUUCAAUCAUAUUUUCGAAUGUGGAGAUGUGUGAAUGCUAUUCAGAACUUCAAAGCCUUGUUUAAGGCUGCUAUUGUCGUUCAAUCUUCUUUUCGUGGAUGGAUUGCUCGGAAGCAUGCUUGUGCUCGUAGGAAUCAGAUUGUUGAGAUUCAAAGGCAUUGCCGCGGUUGGCUUGUGAAACGAGAUUUUGUGCUUCAAAGAGAUGCUAUAAUAAAAAUCCAGAGUAUCAGUAGAAGUUUGAUCUGUCAGAAGACACUCAAUUGUCAGAAAGAUGCUGCAUUGGAGAUCCAGCGCUCCAUCAGGGGGCAUUUAACUCGAAAUCGGCUAUUAGGUAGUGCUUCCAAGUCACGUGCAGCUAUUACUGGUAGUUGCAUUUCAAGACCUGUUGGCUUUCGUAGUUUUCAACUUGAAGCACUCAUGUGUGCAGUAGUGAAAUUGCAAAGGUGGUGGAAGGGUCUCUUGUUGCUUAAACUAAUGAAUAGAUCAGCCGUCACAAUCCAGAGUAUCAGUAGAAGUUUGAUCUGUCAGAAGACACUCAAUUGUCAGAAAGAUGCUGCAUUGGAGAUCCAGCGCUCCAUCAGGGGGCAUUUAACUCGAAAUCGGCUAUUAGGUAGUGCUUCCAAGUCACGUGCAGCUAUUACUGGUAGUUGCAUUUCAAGACCUGUUGGCUUUCGUAGUUUUCAACUUGAAGCACUCAUGUGUGCAGUAGUGAAAUUGCAAAGGUGGUGGAAGGGUCUCUUGUUGCUUAAACUAAUGAAUAGAUCAGCCGUCACAAUCCAGAGUAUCAGUAGAAGUUUGAUCUGUCAGAAGACACUCAAUUGUCAGAAAGAUGCUGCAUUGGAGAUCCAGCGCUCCAUCAGGGGGCAUUUAACUCGAAAUCGGCUAUUAGGUAGUGCUUCCAAGUCACGUGCAGCUAUUACUGGUAGUUGCAUUUCAAGACCUGUUGGCUUUCGUAGUUUUCAACUUGAAGCACUCAUGUGUGCAGUAGUGAAAUUGCAAAGGUGGUGGAAGGGUCUCUUGUUGCUUAAACUAAUGAAUAGAUCAGCCGUCACAAUCCAGUCUUGUACACGUGGAUGGAUAGCCAGACGAAAGGACACAGUUGAGAAACACCAUACUAAUGUCAUGGAAGAAAAUGCCGCAUUGGAGAUCCAACGCUAUAUUAGGGGACAUUUAACUCGAAAUUUGAUAUUAGGCAGUGCUUCUAAGCCGCGUGUAGUUGCUGCUGGAUGCAUUUCAAAACCAACUGGCUGUUCUAGUUUUCAGUUGAAACUAUUCUUGUUUCAAGUAGUGAAAUUGCAACGAUGGUGGAAGCAUCUCUUGUCACAUAAAUUGAGGACAAGGUCUGUAACCAUUAUACAGGCUCAAAUUCGCGGGUGGGUAGCAAGGCAAAGGGCCAAUGCUUAUAGACAUCAAAUUAUUGUCAUACAGUCUCAAAUUCGUGGAUGGAUAGCCAAGCGAAGGGCUAACUUUUAUAGGCAUAAUAUUAUUAUCAUACAGUCUCAAAUUCGUGGAUGGAUAGCGAGGCGAAGGGCUACCUUUUAUAGGCAUGAUAUUAUUAUCAUACAGUCCCACUGGAAAGGUUACAUUGCUCGUAAGCAGUCAACAAAACAGCUAAUGGAUUUGCGCUCGAGACUGCAAGAGUCUUCCAAAAAUGUGGAUGAUAGCAAACGGCUCAUAAACAGACUCUUGGCAGCGCUUUCAAAGCUACUAAAUAUGACGAGUCUCAGUGACAUCCUUCAUACUUGUUCAACAUUGAAUUUGGCGACAUGCCAUUCUCAAAGAUGCUGUGAAGAACUUGUGGCUGCUGGGGCCAUUGAGACCUUGCUGCAGCUUAUUGGAUCACUCAGCCGGAGUAUUCCUGAUCAAGAGGUUUUAAAGCAUGUUUUAUCAACUCUCCGAAAUCUUGCUCGCUAUCCUCAUCUACUGGAAGUGUUGAUACAAACACAUCGAUCUAUACAAACAAUCGUUUUGGAGUUAACAAGGAAUAAUGAGGAGAGCUUCUUCAUUGCUUCUGGGCUUUUGAAGGAAAUAUGCUCAACUCACCAAGGCGUCAACACCAUAAUUAAUUCCCCUGCCUUACUAAGGAGACUGCGUAGUCUUGUUGAGAAGCUUGCUAGGAAGGUCACUUAUAACCCAAAAAGUAAUCUUCGGGGUCCUACUCCUAGUACAGUUGUUACUGCUAAAGAAAACACAGAUAGAAGAUUGAAGGAGGCUACCGAGAUUCUUAAGCUUUUAACACACCGUUGA